CCCGCACUUUUUAAAAGUCAAUUUCGUGGAAUAAACGCUCUCCUGCACAGCUCGUGUUCUGCUGUGAUUACCUGUGUGUCUGCUGGUUUGCCUGUUACGUCAGCUCUCAUCUCACACCCUUUUUCGUGGAGGACAGCAUGGUGAGACAACAGCUGCUAAUGACACCGGUUAGCCUAUGCAUACAGUAUUCAUCCAUACUACUUAAAACUGAGGAACAGGUCUACAGAAUCGGUAUCCUAAAAAAUAUCUGGAAUCGUGUUGCGACAUCAAAAAAUCGAGUGCUAAAUAUCACUAGGUUAAUGCUGGCACGUCACAGAAGCAAUGGAUAUUGAAAGUGUUAUGGUAAUGACCUAGGAUCCUAGGUCAUUGUAGCAGUCGACUAAUACAAAUUUGAGAUGGCACUGUUCGUUAUUGCAGGAAAAUCCGAUUGUCCAUUUUACGCACGAAUUGAAUUGUUAGCAGAUAAACUAGCCUUAAAUCUACCCAACUUUAGAGUUACCAAGAUUGUUAAACAACCAAAUGAAUGGAAAGAAUUUAUUAAAUGGAUUAAAGAAACGCAUGGUUGGUCGAUAGAACAAUCACCAGUUGUCUGGAGAGAAUUAGUCAAUAAAGGCGGUAAAGGCAUUUUAAUCGGUGGAGCAAAUGAAUUUCAAGAGUUGUUAGCUGCUUAUUAUGGUGAACAAUGUUCAAUGCCAACUGAAAAAAUCUUACAGAUUGUUGAAGAUAAUAUCCGAUAUAAAAAUGAAGAAGAUGAAGAGAAGAGAAUAGAAAUUGCCAAUAGAAUACCUUCAACAGGGAUUUUAAUUAUUGGUGCAUCUACACCGGCGACUAAAGAAAUGCUUGGUAUUAUUAUGAAUGAGAAAAAAUUCACUGACGGUUUAAUCGAUUUAUACUUACAUGAUGUAGUGGAACGUCAUUAUUAUUUGUAUCAUUUACAAGAAAUGCUUCAAGAAGGAGCAUUUGCUAAAGUCAACAAUAUCUGCGUGCUUGAUGAUAUUGAUGAAUGCUUGUCAAUUGUGAAACAAGUGAUUAUUAUGGAUGUGGUCCCACGAAUAUGCUUAAAUGCUACAAAUACUGACAGAGAAGAGGAGGAGGAGGAGGAUGCCUGGGAGUCAAGAGAUCAGUGGUUACGACGAAGAUUUUUAUACUUUAAUAAACUUGGACAAAAGAUCAAAGAAAAAUGUCAGAAAUCAGUACGCAUUUUAAUAGCUGGUUAUCCAGGUUCAGGCAAACUAUCUGUGCAAACAGCAUCACCUAUAUGCUUUGAUUUGACAGCAUUAUAUAAAAUUGUGUCAACAAAAAUACCAUCAUCUCAGAUAGUUGGUCUAGUCAGACCAAUUGAACUACGCGUAAAGGCUACCAUAGCUAAACACUUGAAAGUACGCACAUGUGAUGUCACUGAUCUUGUGAUCUGGGGCAAUGCAGGUGGUUCAAUGUUUGCAGAUCUUUCGCGUUGUUGUGUUUCUUGUAGAACAGCAAUGGGUACAGGUGUUGUUGGUGGAUGUUUUCUUCGAUUUCCGGUAUUAACUGUAGCUGAAAAUCCAAAAUGGUUAACCACGGAAUUAUUAAAUGUUGCCUUUAAAGAAAGCAGUAUGAAACAUGGAUUAGUUCAUGGGAAUGCUAUAAGUGAUUUAUUGAAAGAAUGGUGGAGUGUUAAUCAAAAUCGAAACGGACAGAUUACCUCACUUGUUAUGAUAUCAAAUGGUGACUGGUAUGGUGUCCCAAAAGGAAUUGCAUUUUCAUAUCCAAUUAUUUCUACUGGGAAUGGUAAUUGGUCCGUUGUAGAAGAUAUGCCUAUGACACCUGAAAGUGAAGCUCAGCUGAAGACCUGUAUUCAAAGUAUCCUAGAAGACUGGGCAGUUAUUGAUCCUGCACCGUUGGAGGCAUUUUUAAAACAAGGUAGCAGCAAUUAAAAAUUUAUUCAUGAAUAUAUAUUAUCAUAUUAAUAACUUUUUCUGUUGCCUUUUUUCUUUUCAGGUAAAAGACCAGAAGAUAUUAUUAAAUAUGAUGAUGAAUUUGAGGCACAGGACAGUGAUGAACUACUUUGAGAGAGAAUUCAGUAACUUUAAAUUUAAAUUAUUAAAAAAAAAACCAAAGUCAAAAGAAAAGAAAAAAAGAAGAAAAUAAAAGCAGUGACCAUCGCCGGUCGUAAAUGGCCGCUGAUAUAAAUUACUUGUAAAAUGAACAAUAUAUAUUAUCCCUAAAGUAUUAGAAAAAAACAGAAUAUAUAACUUGUGUAAAAAUUCAAAAAUAAAUAAACUAAUGUGUAGAGUAGAAAAAGAAAGCAGCACGCCGACAAUUUGGAAGUGCAUAAAUAGAUUUUAAAACAAAGAAACGAUAAAUUCCACUGCUUCCUUUGUCAUUUUUAACAAAUGUAUGCCUAAUAAAUAAUAAAUAAAUAAAUAUUAAAACGAAGCAAAACCAAAACGAAAUGUGUCAGACUUUUGAUCACUGUGAUGGAAAUAUAUAAAAAAUUGUAAAGUCAUUACAAUAAUAACUGCAAAGAAAAGAAAAAUACAAAUUAAAAGUAGAUGUGAAAAAGAUUUUCAGCUGUUUUUCGCAGGUUUGAUCAAACAAACCUAUCUGCUUAGGAUUGAAAUAAAUUUGUGUAAUUACUACUUGCUAU